CCCGGCGCGCAGCAUCGUGGAGCAGCCGGAGUCCGCGCCCCGACGCUCUGCGCCCGCAGUGUCCGCCGUGUCCGCCGCGUCCCGGGCGGGCAUGGGGCGGCCAGGCUGACCGCCGCACCCCGCCGCCGAGACCCCCAGCCCCAGCCAGCAGCCCUCUUGCUGCGGCCCCGGCGUGCGCGGGCCAUGGCGAAGGCGACGGCGACGGCCGGCGCCGCGAGGCUGAGGUUGCUGCUGCUGCUGCCGCUGCUCGGCGAAGCUCCGCUGGGACUCUACUUUGCCAGGGAUGCUUACUGGGAGAAACUCUACGUGGACCAGCCAGCUGGCAUGCCCCUGCUCUACGUCCAUGCCCUGCGGGACAUGCCGGAGGAGGUGCCCACCUUCCGCCUGGGCCAGCACCUCUACGGCAUCGCCUACCGUGCAAGGCUGCAUGAGAACGACUGGAUUCGCAUCGAGGAGGACACUGGCCUUCUCUACCUUAACCGGAGCCUGGAUCACAGCACCUGGGACAAGCUCAGCAUCCGCAAUGGCGGCUUCCCUGUGCUCACCAUCUACCUCCAGGUCUUCCUGUCACCUACAUCCCUGCGUGAGGGCGAGUGCCAGUGGCCCGGCUGUGCCCGUGUGUACUUCUCCUUUGUCAACACCUCCUUCCCGGCUUGUGGUUCCCUCAAACCCCGGGAGCUCUGCUUUCCUGAGACAGGUGUCUCCUUCCGCAUCAGAGAGAAUAGGCCUCCCGGCACUUUCCACCAGUUCCGCCUGCUGCCUGUGCAGUUCCUCUGCCCCAACAUCAGCGUGGCCUACAGGCUCCUAGAAGGUGAGAACCUGCCCUUCCACUGCACCCCGGACAGCCUGGAGGUGAGCACGCGCUGGCCCCUGGAUCGCGAGCUGCGGGAGAAGUACGAGCUGGUGGCUGCUUGCACAGUGCGCGUCGGCGCACGCAAGGAGGAGGUGGUGAUGGUGCCCUUCCCCGUGACCGUGUAUGAUGAGGACGACUCGGCGCCCACCUUCCUCGGGGGCAUCGACACCGCCAGCGCUGUGGUGGAGUUCAAGAGGAAGGAGGGCACUGUGGUGGCCAAAAUACGUGUCUUCGAUGCAGACGUGGUGCCAGCAUCCGGGGAGCUCCUGAAGCGAUACACAAACACACUACUCUCUGGGGAUGCCUGGGUCCUCCAGACAUUCCGUAUCGAGCACUCCCCCAACGAGACCUUGGCCCAGGCCAACGGCAGCUUUGUGCGGGCAACUGUGCAUGACUACAGGCUGGUUCUCAACCGGAGCCUCCCCAUCUCGGAGAACCGCUCUCUGCAGCUGACCGUGCUGGUCAAUGACUCGGACUUCCAGGGCCCCGGGGAGGGCACCCUCUUCCUCCACUUCAACGUGUCCGUGCUGCCUGUCAGCUUGCACUUGCCCAGCACCUACACCUUCACUGUGAGCAGGCGGGCCCGCCGCUUUGCCCAGAUUGGGAAAGUCUGUGUGGAAAACUGCCAGGAGUUCAGCGGCAUCCACGUGCAGUACAGGCUGCAGCUCUCCAGCACCAACUGCAGUGUCCUGGGGGUGGUCACCUCAGCCGAGGACACCACAGGGAACCUUUUCGUGAACGACACAGAAGCCCUGCAGCGGCCCGAUUGCUCUCAACUCCGGUACACGGUAGUGGCUGCCGACCGGCCAACCCGCAAGCAGACCCAGGCCCUGCUGGUUGUCACCGUGGAGGGGACAUAUGUGGCUGAGGAGCCAGGCUGCCCCCUGUCCUGUGCAGUCAGCAAGAGACGCCCUGAAUGUGAGGAGUGCGGCGGCCUGGGCUCUCUGACGGGCAGGUGCGAGUGGAGACAGGGAGAUGGCAAAGGAAUCACCAGGAACUUCUCCACCUGCUCCCCCAGCAUCAAGACCUGCCCCGACGGCCACUGUGAUGCCGUGGAGAGCAGAAAUGUCAACAUCUGCCCCCAGGACUGCCUCCGGGGCGGCAGCAUCAUUGGUGGGCAUGAGCCAGGGGAGCGCUGGGGGAUUAAAGCUGGCUUCGGUAUCUGCAACUGUUUCCCAGAGGAGAAGAAGUGCUUCUGCGAACCUGAAGACAGCCAGGAGCCGCUGUGUGACGAGCUCUGCCGCACGGUGAUCGCGGCCGCUGUGCUCUUCUCCUUCGUCGUCUCCAUGCUGCUCUCCACCUUCUGCAUCCACCGCUACCACAAGAACGCCCACAAGCCACCCAUUGCCUCUGCUGAGAUGACCUUCCGCCGGCCUGCCCAGGCCUUCCCGGUCAGCUACUCCUCGUCCGGCGCCCGCCGGCCCUCUAUGGACUCCAUGGAGAACCAGGUCUCUGUGGACGCCUUCAAGAUCCCGGAGGAUCCAAAGUGGGAAUUCCCUCGAAAGAACUUGGUUCUUGGGAAAACCCUGGGAGAAGGCGAAUUUGGAAAAGUGGUUAAGGCGACAGCCUUCCGGCUAAAAGGCAAAGCAGGGUACACAACCGUGGCCGUGAAGAUGCUGAAAGAGAACGCUUCCCCAAGUGAGCUGCGGGACCUGCUGUCAGAGUUCAACCUCCUGAAGCAGGUCAACCACCCACAUGUCAUCAAGCUGUACGGGGCCUGCAGCCAGGACGGCCCGCUCUUCCUCAUUGUGGAGUAUGCCAAGUACGGUUCCCUGCGGGGCUUCCUCCGAGAGAGCCGCAAGGCAGGGCCCGGCUACGUGGGCAGCGGAGGCAGCCGCAGCUCCAGCUACCUGGACAACCCCGAGGAGCGGGCCCUGACCAUGGGCGACCUCAUCUCCUUCGCCUGGCAGAUCUCUCGGGGGAUGCGGUACCUGGCUGAGAUGAAGCUUGUCCAUCGGGACUUGGCAGCCAGAAAUGUCCUGGUAGCUGAGGGGCGGAAGAUGAAGAUUUCGGAUUUUGGCCUGUCCCGAGACGUUUAUGAAGAGGAUUCCUAUGUGAAGAGGAGCAAGGGUCGGAUUCCAGUCAAAUGGAUGGCAAUUGAGUCUCUUUUCGAUCAUAUCUACACCACCCAAAGUGAUGUGUGGUCCUUUGGUGUCCUGCUGUGGGAGAUUGUGACUCUGGGGGGCAACCCCUACCCUGGGAUCCCUCCGGAGCGGCUUUUCAACCUCCUGAAGACAGGCUACCGGAUGGAGAGGCCCGACAACUGCAGUGAGGAGAUGUACGGUCUCAUGCUGCAGUGUUGGAAGCAGGAACCAGACAAGAGGCCAGUGUUUGCUGACAUCAGCAAAGACCUGGAAAAGAUGAUGGUUAAGAACAGAGACUACUUGGACCUGGCUGCCUCCACCCCAUCCGACUCCCUGCUUUAUGACGACGGCCUCUCGGAGGAGGAGACGCCCCUGGUGGACUGUAAUAAUGCUCCCCUCCCUCGAGCCCUCCCCUCCACGUGGAUUGAAAACAAACUCUAUGGCAUGUCAGACCCGAACUGGCCUGAAGAGAGUCCUGUACCACUCACGAGAGCUGAUGGCACUAACACUGUGUGUCCAAGAUAUGCAAAUGAUAGUGUAUAUGCUAACUGGAUGGUUUCACCCUCAGCGGCACAAUUAAUGGACGCAUUUGAUAGUUAACAUUUCUUUGUGAAAGGUAAUGGACUCACAAGGGGAAGAAACAUGCCGAGAACAGAAAGUCUGCCGGCCCCUCCUUUGUGCACUUCACACUGGCUGGUGAUUUUCCCUCCUGGCAGACGUAGCGUGCUGGACCAGAGUUCUGAGUCCAGCCUUUAGGUAUUCCUUCCUCUCCAGCCCUUGGCAGUGCUCUGUGUUGGUCUGUGUUCAUCAGUGACCACCACACCCUGUGCUCAGACGUGUGGGUCCCUCACUCACUACCUGAGCGGUUUGAUUUUUCUUGUUGCCAGCAAACAAGGCAACACGAUUUAAACAUGAAGCACACACACCAAAAAAGGCAGCGGGGAAAAAAAAAAAAACUGGCCCAAAUGACACAUCCU